GUUCUAGUAUGUUAUGUUUGUUCCAUUCUGUUAUUUUGUGUGUUACAUUAAUGUUACAUUAUGUUGUAUGUUACUGUUUGGUACAUUAUAUCGCCUUUUUUUAUAGUUUUCCCAGUUCUAGCAUGUUAUGUUUGUUUCAUUCUGUUAUUUUGUAUGUUAUAUUAUGUUACAUUAAUGUUACAUUAUGUUGUACGUUACUGUUUGUUACAUUAUAUUGCCUUUUUUAGUUUUUUUUUUCAGUUCUAGUAUGUUAUGUUUGUUCCAUUCUGUUACUUAGUUUUUAGUGUUAUGUUACGCUAAAUUAUUUGUUCAGUUCUGGUAUGUUAUGUUGGUUCUGUUGUGUUAUGUUGUAUGUUACUCUACAUUACAUUACAUUGUGCUCUUAUGUAACAUUGAAUAGAUUUCUUAUAUCUAGUAUCCUAAGUUAUAUUUGUUCCAUUCUGUUACUUUGUGCAUUAUGUUACGUAAUGUUACAUACCUUUUUUUGUUCAGUUCUAAUAUGUUUUAUCUGUUGUUUGUUCUCUUCUGAUAGGUUGUUUGUUCCAUAACAUUAUACCCGUUGAAGUCAAAUCUAUAGAAAACAGAGAAAUACUAUGGUACUUUCUGUUUUGGUGAAAUCUUGACAUACCUCCCAACUGGGCAUCUCUCUUCUUCUGCUGUAUGCCGAUCUGUAAAAUCUCCUUUGCCAAAGAAUGUGGGUGACGAGUAUACAGCUAUCCCAGAAUUCCCUGCCACCAGCACCUCGUACCCCGGUACAGACCUGGAGUGUGCAGGAGGAGAGGAGGAGAGCUGUACACGAUGGAUUCCUUCAAAAGCGUCCAUCACGGAAAGUAUAUUCCCGGUCUAGCACCUCUUAAAAACACAGCCUCCGUGAGGGCACUCACUUCAGUUGCAUUUCUCACAGCCAGCCUGUAUACACAGAGAUUAUCUUCGCAUUCAGAGAUUAAGACAUUGUAGUUUUUUCCGCAUGCAUCACUGCUAAAGUUUCCAUUGGCGUUAUCAAAAUGUAACCAAAGCAUUGCACCAUAACCUAAUGUUUGCAAAAAUGUAUUUAAAUAUCUACCCAAAGUGCUAUCAAAGAGACACAACUGGAAAGUCCUUAUUAUACGUAAAAGUAUAAAACGUCUUACAAUACAAAAGCGUUAUGUAUGCCGUAAACUGUAAAUAAACGUUAUGCCAUUAAUGAUGAAAUUAUGAUAAAAUGCUUAUUCAAAUUUGGUAGUUGCUUUUGAUAUAAAAAAAGAGGGAAAGGUAAAUGCGCCAUAUAGUAAGAUGCAUGAAAAGUCUCCCGUGUCAUUAUACAGUGACAGAACACAACAGAGAAAUCAGGCUUACCCCAGUGACCUAAUGAGGCUUUUUCUCCACAGACUCUUCAUGCAAAAGCACUUUCAAAAACCCUGUCGUUAAAUACACUCUCAGAUGAUAUUUGCAUGUUUGGAGUAUCUAAACAUCGCACUGGAUGACUUCGGUCUAACCCUGAACGCCGUUCCAGCGCUUCAAUGGUCAGACACGAGUUAAAUGAAAUGGGGCCACACGUAAAAGUGCAUUUCCUCCACUAGAGGGCCCUACUUAGUGCACUAAACACCCUGCUGAGGGCCUCUGUGAUCAGAAAAGGUUUAUUGGAGCCUAAACUCCGCAUGAAAGGUUAAGAAAUGCUGGUCAUUUAUUUCCUGUGUUGUAGCUACAUAAUAUUUACAUUACAUAACUGCAAUUAAUACAUGACUCUUUUAACAAAGUGUUUGUGCAUGUGUGAAUUUUGAAAGAUUUGCUCAGAUUAACAAACCCCCCUCCAGUUUUCCACAAUGCCUCUUUGUUAGUGGAAAACAGAUUAACAGGUCAAGUGACCGGAGGUGUGGGCGUCUCUGCUCAGUCUUUCCCGUGUUUAACGGUUCCGGUAAAGACGUCAACUCCCGAAACAUCACACGCCGUGAGUACAGUUGCUUCUUUCUUACAGAUACAGUGUUUCAGGCCCGCAGACAAGGAAUGGAAAGCAAUUGCGUUUGAUAUGAUGAACAAACAGUGUGGUGUUUUCUGUUUCGUUUGACCCGUGCUAACUUGUUGCAGUUUGUUUAGGUGCUGAUGCAUGCCGACUAGCAUCUGAUUCAGCUAGUGCUGAGCAUGCAUGCGUUUCCUGCGGUAGAUGUCCAUGCUUAUCGUCUCUAAUCGUAGUGAAGGACCGGUCGAGACUGUGAUUGACAGGCUGUGAGUGGUCUUCCUGUCCAGAGGGGGCAGCGAUGACGGUCACAUACUCCCGGCGGGUGGCAGACGCGCGCCUGGGCACCUUUUAUCGCCUGCUUCUGCGAUGGAAAGGAAGCAUCUAUAAACUGUUAUACCGAGAGCUGCUGAUCUUCACUGUGAUGUAUUGCACCAUCAGCAUCACAUACAGGUGUAUAUUGACCGAGGAGCAGCGCAGGAUGUUCGAGAAGCUCUCCAUGUACUGCGAUCAGUACGCACAACUGAUUCCUGUGUCCUUCGUACUGCGAUUCUACGUGACUCUCGUGGUGACUCGCUGGUGGGGUCAGUUCGAGAGCAUCCCGUGGCCGGAUCGGCUGUCGGCGCUGGUUAGCGGACACGUCCGGGGCGAGGACGAAGGGGCCAGACUCGUCCGCAGGAGUCUGAUGCGUUACGCUAACCUGUCGGGCCUCCUGAUCUACCGCUCGGUCAGCACCGCCGUCUACAAGAGGUUCCCGACCAUGAGCCACCUCGUUCAAGCAGGUCUGAUGACGGCUGAGGAACUGAGGCAGUUAGAGGAACUGCCCUCCCCUCAUAAUAAGUUCUGGGUUCCCUGCAUGUGGUUUGUCAGUCUGGCCAUGAGAGCUCGAUCCGAAGGACGCAUCAAUAAUGACGUCGCGAUGACCGCCAUCCUCAACGUUGUAACCGUGGCCGUGUACAGUUUCUUUUUGGCUUGUCUGAUUGGUCGUCAGUUCCUCGACCCCGCCCAGGGUUACCCGGGUCACAACCUUGACUUCUACCUGCCCGUCUUCACUUUGCUGCAGUUCUUCUUCUAUGUGGGCUGGCUCAAGGUGGCAGAGCAGCUCAUUAAUCCGUUUGGGGAGGAUGAUGAUGACUUUGAGACGAACUGGCUGGUGGACCGUAAUUUACAGGUGUCUCUGCUGUCAGUGGAUGAGAUGUACGAUCUGGUUCCUUUGGUUGAGAGAGAUAAAUACUGGGAUGAAUCUGAACCUCAGCCUCCAUACACAGCAGCCAGCGCCGAACACCGCAAACCCUCAUUUAUGGGAUCUGCUUUGGACAUCAGCGUUCCCAAAGAGGAAAUGGAAUUCCAGCACAAUCUGGAGCAGAUUAAAGAACACGAGGAGGCCAAUCAUUCCACUCCAUUUCUGGGCAGCUUGAGUCGCAUUCUGGGCGUCCAGUCGCCCAGUUUUCCUCGCUCGACCCCCACGUCCCGAGUCUCCCUCCUGCGGCGUCGCCCCCGCGCCCCCUUCUCUCGCUUCCCCCUUUACCUCCAUCCCGAGAGCUCUCCGAUGCCCAGCCACGCCCGGAACGCUGACAUGGAGGAUGCAUUCUCGUCCAUGCCUCUUUACGAAAGACCCGGAUUCUACAGUUGCCCUCAGACGCCCAUCCACUGCGUGCCUCCAUCCACCAUUCCUCGCCCAAGACCACGUAGAGCCCAGGGCGACAGCUCCAGCUCCCUGGCUCAUCCGCUGAUGGGCUCGCAAGUCCUGGCACCGCCAGACACGCCCGCACCUCCUUCCUCCGCCUUCCCUUGGGUGGGUGAAGACAGCGAACUCUCGGGUCCCGCUUUCUCUUUUCCGGACCCUGUACCAGAGCUGUUACCCAAAGUGCGGCCGAGUCAAGGGUUGCCGUCGCGCCGCCCCCUGCCUCUGAGACUCUCUUUGGAGACAUCCCCAUCCCCGUCUACGCCCGAAAGGGUGUUUUCUUUCACUCCCCCAUCUUGGUCGCAAGCUCAAAUCAACACCGCAAGUUCGGGGAGUGUGAACGCAGCCGCGACUUCGAACAGUAACAACAACCUAUGCAACGGCGUGGCGAACAACCCCUGGCCAAUCAGCAGAAGCACCACUGCAAGCACAGCCAAUCCCGUCAGCCCGAGCCCCACGGCGACUCAGCAGACAGCCAAUCAGCACAACUCUGCCAACGACUCUGGCAUCUCAUUGGCUGAGGGGGAUCUGUUGUGCGCUGCGGUGAAAAUGAAGGAACAGCUCUGAGUUGGGUGGAAAAUACCAGCUUGGAUUCUCAUCCAGACUAGAUUAGAGCUGUUCUAGCAUGCAUUUGAAUGCGUUUUAAGAAGGCUCUUUCCAGUGUUCUCAAAAGCUUCUGGGACACUUCUGAGGCGGUGAACUUUCGUUCUAAAAGAGGAAAAAAGAACGAUUGAUUAUGUUGAGAAGUGAGAAAGAUCGCUCCUUUAGCUGUUGUAUAAGAAACACUCUAGUUUUAUGUUCAUGGCAAGGUAAUAAAACACAAAAUAUAGGUCUUUUUUACAAAAUAUUAACAUUUUAGAAUAACAUUGCUAGAUUUAUAAUGUUAAUAGCUGUGGAAACACAUCUAUCAAAGUCUGUGACAAGGGUAACAUGCAUAAGUUGAUCAAUUCCAUCAAUCAAAUGGACAUUAUUUUUGUUUUUUUAUUAUUAUGUUGCUGUACAUUAUGUGGAUGGAGGAGACAGGUCGUAUAAAUCAGUAAAGUCAUUUAAUGUGUGACUCAGUGUUAUUUUAGUAUCCUUAAUGUGCUUAUUAUAGUUUUUUUUCCUUCAUAUUUUCCAUUUUAAGUUUUGGUCGACAUUGUUUUCUGGCUCACUUUCAUUUAAAAGCUCAAAUUAAUUAUUCCUCAAUCUAUUAUUAAAUAAUUUAUAUAUAGGAAUUUCCAUGUGUAAACACUUUUGAUUAGUUUUUUGCAUUUAUUUAUUU